AUGGACGCACUCACUCGAGAACAUUUUAUCUUAAUGUAUACUAUAGCGCUACUCAUAGGCCAAAACGCUUACUCAAACCUACCAAUACUCAGGUCUUUUGUUUUAGGGCCACAAAGAGAAGUGGUUUCAAUAUACGAUGAUAAUUUUUCCACCCCAUCAUCCAGACCUCAAUAUUUCAUUGAAGUUUAUCGCUGUGUUAAAAUUGAGGUGGGCGAAUGCUCCAGUGACAGUGAAGGAUAUCCCGUGCCAAACAAAACGGAAGAAAUUGAGAUAGUGGUCCCGGAUAUAACAAACAAAGAUCGGGAUCCAAACAAUGAAAAGAAGUUUUAUAAAUAUGUAGUUUAUAAUCAUACGUCUUGCAAAUGUGGGAACUUGACAAACAGGAACAAGAAAUUGUACAAAACCACAACUGAUAACGAAGGUUAGUCGUACCAAUCUAAAACGUACAUGCUUUGUAAUUAAUUUUGUAAUUCUCGUUCUCUAGAAAAUUUCUAGUCAUAUCUUAUCCAUAAAACGUGUUCAUAUAGGUUGAUGACAAUAUAUUCAGGAGAAUACGGAAACUAGAUACGGUUAACGCGCUCUCCCUUUAUCACUGAGUUACACUUGCUAGACUGAAUGUGUAAGGUUAGGGUAUUUAUAUUACUUGAUGGGCAACCGCCGUCUGACUUGACGUGCUUGAAAACUCAUGUAAAGCCCGUUUUCCUCCAGGCGAAUUUGUUCGCGUGAAGCUACUUUUUAACUAUAUGUUUACAUUAUAUAUAUAGACUCCGUUUUUCGAUUGUUUGCGAAACGUUAAGGCCACAGUGUAAACAACUUCUGCCACCGCACUUCUAAUGUCUUCAUCUUUUUUUUGUAUAUAUUGAGUUUACAAAAUAUUGCAAACAUCAUUUGAAAGAAUGAGUUUGGUCCUUUCCUGUACAUUGAAAGAUCUAAUUUCUCCGGAAUCUCUGGUCAGGCUUUUCCUUUCACCAAAAAGAAACCAUUCUACCUUAGCUUUUGGCGGCAACCCGAGGCGCAUUAGUCAGCCUUCGACGUUUCGCGAAUACGUUCUUCGUAAUUCAGGUUUCAGCUGCAAGGAAAUAUUACACCGUAACUUUAAUCUGUGUUAGUUUUUCUUGCAACGACAGAAGUGUAUUUCAAUGCGAGCUAUGCGAAUAAUCCAGUCAAUCUGAUACGUCAGUGUAAUGUUUGCAACAGUCCUCAACCAAGAUAUAAUCUCAUCCACGAGCAUGUCGAAGCUUUACCACAAUAUAAAUAUCUGGCAUACGAACAGUGCCUGCCUGGCUGCGUGGUGGUAGAAAAGGACGCAACUCUUAAGAACAUUCAAUUCACAAGUGGUGAUGGAUUGAAGAUUGUUACAAAUGAUAUUUCAUGCAAGGCUUAUGAUGGCAGAAACAAGGAUCCUCAGAAGAUCCGCUUCGCAUGA